AUGGGUGGCUGGAAUUCGAAAACCUUAACUUGUAACGGAUUAAUCAAAUUAGUUGAAAAAAGGAACGCCGUUGAAAUUAUUUACGACGAACACAAAGAAAUAAUGAAUAUGGAAGUGGAAGGAACUUUAAGCGCCCUUACAUCUGCUGAACACCUUGAAAACAGUCAACCGGAGAAAGAAGAAAUGUGGUUUGAACACAGCCGCGUAAUUCUUUCAGAAGAAACAAGCUCCAGCAACUACAUAAACGCUAGUUACAUCGACGGCUUCAAACGUCCUAAAGCGUACAUUGUAACAAGGACUCCUGAUUCGGAGGCGACGACCCGUAAUUUUUGGAAGAUGAUCUGGGAGCAUCAAACAGAAAUUAUUGUCAUGCUCAAUAAGUCUGAUGAAAAUGGGAAUGGCAUCUCAUAUUGGAACCCAGAAGAAGGAUCGUCGGUUGAUAGUGGAAAGCUAAAGAUCCAGACGAUCAAAGUACAUGAGACUCAUCAUCCGAAAUUUCAAAUCACGAGUCUUCUUGUAACGCACGAAGAUGGAGACGAGUUGUACGUUAACCACUUCUUAUUUAAGGACUGGCAACGAGACGAUAUCUCGCCCUCAGAAUGUGACUUCUUGGACUUAGUGUUUAUGUCACGACUUUACGAUCGAUCGGCAGGGACAUCAGUGAUUCUUAAAGCCUAUAAGAGUCCUAUAGUAGUCCAUUGCAGUGAUGGAUUACAGCGUUCAAUGGUGUUUUGUGCUAUCGAUAUUUCUAUAUCGAGAAUUUUAAAGUUAGGUAAAGUAAAUUUGUAUUCUAUUGUAUCAAAACUCAGACAAGAUAGGUACAAUUGCCUGUACGAUGCAAACGACUAUGGUUUUUGUUACUUAGCUUUGUAUUACUAUUCUAUGUUUUAUAUGUAA